UAAUUUUUUCUGUGUUCAUAAUUUUUGGGCAACGUUUACUUCAUCACAAUUUAUACCUAUUUAAUUCAUUUUAAAUAUAUGUUUAUUUUAGGCAAAUUACGUUAUGCAAAUAAUUCAAACUACAAGAAUGACACCAUGAUUCGAAAAGAGGCUUAUGUUCAUAAGUGUGUAAUGGAAGAGUUGAAAAGAAUUAUUGAAGAUUCUGAAAUUAUGAAGGAAGAUGAUAACUUAUGGCCUCAGCCAGAUAGGGUGGGUCGUCAAGAGUUGGAAAUAGUAAUGGGGGAUGAACAUGUUUCUUUUACAACUUCCAAAAUUGGAUCUUUAGUGGAUGUAAAUCAAAGCAGGGAUCAAGAUGGACUGCGUUGCUUUUAUUACUUAGUGCAAGACUUAAAGUGUUUAGUGUUUUCUCUGAUUGGCUUACACUUUAAGAUUAAACCCAUCUAAACUCAUAAAUUGCAUUUUACAUAAUUAUUCACAGUUAUUGAUUUGUAUUUUCAUAUUGUAAUCUCAUUUCAUUAAAAGAUCCAAUACAAAAGUACUGUGUGUAUCUAACUUUUUCUUCAUUCAUUAUAAAAAUUGGUAUAAGUUUGUCAAUAAAGUCUUUAAAAAUGCUA